UGAAAUCCGCACGAAAUAUCGGACCAUUCAUUCCACUUCUAAAAAUUGGAACACGGAACGCUAGUCAUCCAAUUCUAACAGUAGGACUGUUCUUUGAUUGAAAUUUUUUGAUUCAUAGAAAAACAUGGAUACGUUUCGCCGCACGGCUUUGGCUUUCGAAUCCUUCCGCAAAUUGAGUGGAGCGUUCGUCACAACAGUGACAGAAGACACCGGCGCAGAUACGUAUAGUAUCGACAACGAUGCCACCUGUCCGACAACAAAAUUUUACCUGGAAUUGCGAAGUGAUGGCACCGAACCUUGCUCCGGAACCGAUUGGAUCAUUCUUUUCUUGCUUGUGUGUCUAAUACAUUGCAUCAGUUGGGGAGGCCGUUGGUUGGUUUGGGAGCCACUCGCAAAUGCCUUGGCUCACCACGGACAAAAACACUCGGCGUGGAAUCGCGCUGAUUGUCAGCGCCUCUCGACGAGCAUGACAGCGUGCAGUUUCUUCCUUUUUUCCGCCUUCAGUGUGUGGAGAAUACUAUUCCACAAGCCAUGGCUAUGGAAUGCUCGGCAGUGGACGCAAGAUCUGGAAGCCAAGCAUAUUGAUGCGGACUUCAAAUUUUAUUAUUUGCUAUAUGCGGCUCGUUUUUGCUCGGAUUCCAUUUCGUUGUUUUUCGAAGAUCGUCGGAAGGAUGUCUUUUGGACCUCGGCCGCACAUCACUUGAUCACACUAGGUUUGGUCUUGGGAUCAGCGACCGCUGGCUUGACAAGGAUGGGUGGCGUUAUCAUGUUCUUUUUCGACUGGGCUGAUCCGCCUUUGUUGUUGGCAAAGUCUCUCAAGUAUUUAUCCCGGCAUCCACAAGAUCUUUACCAAACCCUUGCCAAUCGUUUGUUCGAAGUGUUUGCGGUAGUAUUUAUCCUCACACGCAAUGUGCUCUACAACUAUGUGGUUUACAUUGGCGUGCGCGAUUUGCCGCCGUGGGCAUGGAUUUCUCGUCUUUUGCUUGUCCUCUUAGCAGUGCUGCAGACUUACUGGCUUAGUUUAUUGGUUCAAGCCAUUCUUCGUCAGAAGCAAAACAAUGGCGUCGUGGAGGACAUGCGAGAAAAAGACGUUUCCGCGGUUGCGACUAAAAAGGCACAAUAGAGCUAGCUUUACUCGACACAUAUUGUGGGUACAACAAUGCGCACAAUACUAGCUGAUCUACUGGCCCUCGCUUUUUUUAUAGCUUUACAAGAAGAAAAAGUGAACGUCUAUGGAUAAUAGCGAUCUUCCCCUCGGGAAGACGCAUGGACCUCUUCGGGUUUCAGCAAGUUGCUGGACAUGCUGUGUCAAUUUGAAAUAUCCUAGCUAGAAAGAGUUUUAGAGAUUUUUUCAAGUAUCAGCUUUGGCACGGUGUUCUUAAGAAAGUAUAUUCUGACGACGAGGUUAGCAAAAGUUCUAUGAGACUUUUGAAGAAUAGCUGCUUUAUUUUCUGUG